CAGAUUCUAAUUUUGUUAGAGCCCCGCGGUAGAUGAUGGAAGUUGAAUGAAGCGACUAGCUAGCCUUUAGCUAGCGACAAUAGCAUUACACCAUAUUAACGCGAUCUAAUAUGCUGAAACAAGAAACAUCGGAACGAUAAAGACACCGUUGGAGCUGCUUAGAGUGUCCAUCCACUGGGCUCUGUAUGCUUGACACAUAAACUAAAUAGGAAAGCCUACUGACCCAGGAGUAGCUUGCCUCAAACAAACGUUAGCAUGCAUAGGAAGGAGUCACCUGGGGUGGAUGCAAGACUGAAACUGUCAUCUGAGUCAAGUGAUAACACGCCAUCUCGAGAAGGCUGAGGUAACAGUGGCACCAUGUACCCGAGCCCCAAUAAUCCCAUGAAGACCAGCUGCAACAGCAGCAGCAUCACUGAGCUGCUGGGUGCCCUGUGUGACUGCAGCCUGUCUGGAGUAUCAUGGAAACGCAGAGCCCUGGGAGGAGUCUCAAGAGAAAGUUUCCGCAGAGCUCUCAAGAAGCGUGCCUAUGGUGCCCUGCUGUCCAAGCUAUUUCAAGAUGGCACCAAAGGGUCAGCCUCAGGAUCGAGUGCCACAGCUAAUACACCGCCUAGAAACAAAGUUUUGAUGAUAUGUUUUGACUUGCGGGUGGCAGGGUGCAGAGAGGAAGCAGAGAGGUUGGAGGAGCAGCUGGGGAGGCUGCCGGAGGGAGCAUCCUCUGGCCUGAAGGAAAUAGAUGCAGUCGUCGAGCUCCUUGUGCACCUAGCUGGUUCAGCUCCUCCACCCCCUACCUCUUUCAGCAGGGACUACAUGAGACGAGAGCGGCCCGUGCUGCGGAGGCCUCAAACCUGGGGCUACCAGAGCGAGGAGCUGCAAAGGCUAGAGGCCCGGGCAUGGGGGCUAGUGUGUGGGGAGGAAUGGGGGACUCUGGAAAGUUUGUUUGGAACUCAGAGGUUAAUGGAUGCCCCCCCGGGCACAGGGCUGCUGGCUCUGAGGACUAACUUGGAAACAGAAGAAAGGUUCGAGAAAGAGACCAGGAUGACACUGUUUGGAGCACUGCAGCACACUCGUACUUCAGACAUAGACAUAAAACUGGAUCUGCCUCCUAUUCCCAGUAAUAUUGAUGUAACUGGGAUGGCCAUCAGGGUCCCCCCCUGUUUAGAUCAGUCUGAGGAUGAGGGCUUCCAGUCAGCCUCCAACUUAACCCCAGACUCUCAGUCUGAACCCAGCUCCAUUCCAGACAUUGAUAUAUGGGAGGCUGUUCGUACUUUUGAGCCUGGAAGGCGGCGCUGUUGGGAGUCUGUUGGCUGCCCACCAGGGAAAAGGGAGUCUCUCUAUCUAACAGAGGGAGGCAGGGAGACAUUCGACCAGCUCUAUCGUCUAUGGGAAGGGGAGAUGAGGGUUGUGAGCACUAGCACACCCUCUCCUGUCCUCCCACUACCCCUGGACUCUCAGACACAACUCGUAUCUGACCUCCUCAAUGUCCUGAUUGGAGUGGCGUCCACAACCUUCCCUCUUAACCAGAGUGUUCAGUUUGACGUCAGGCCUGGUGUGUGCGUGUCAGGAGCCUCUCCGGAGAGUGUGUCUCGUCUCUUGGGGGAGCUGGCCCAGUAUGGCACCUACUACUUGAGGCUCAGCCGCUUUUCUCUGCAGAGUGCUGACAAGAAGGGCCUGGUCUUCCAGGCUUUUACAGGUGGUCUGAGGAAGUAUCUACACUACUACAGAGCUUGUGUUCUUAGCACUCCACCCACCCUCAGCCUGUUGACUAUUGGCUUCCUCUUUCGCAAAGUGGGCCGCCAACUCAGGUACCUGUCAGAACUAUGCUGCGUAGAUGGGCCUUUGGGUGCAGGCCAGGCUACCUUCCCUGUGGGUGUUAAACUGAUGUCCUACCUGUACAAUGAGGCACAGAAUAACUGCAGCAACGAGAACUAUCCGGUCCUGCUGUCACUGCUGAAGAGCAGCUGUGAACCGUAUACCCGGUUUGUGUCUGACUGGGUGUAUAGCGGUGUGUUUCGAGAUGUUUAUGGAGAAUUCAUGAUCCAGGUCAAUGAGGAGUACCUCAGUUUCAGAGACAAACACUUCUGGAUUCAAGGCUACACUCUGAUCUCAAAGGAUGUGGAGGAUUGUGUUCCUAUCUUCCUGAGACACAUCGCCAAUGAUGUAUAUGUCUGCGGAAAGACCAUCAACCUCCUGAAGAUCUGCUGCCCACAGCACUACAUCUGCUGGUCGGAGCUGCCGGUUCCUCGCAUUGCUGUCACCUUCUCCCUCCAGGAGGUGGAAGAGAUCGAGAGGGACUGUGCAGUGUACCGCGGACGCAUGGAGAGGAUUGCUAAGCACAGCGCCAUCAGCAGGGAGGAGCAGGCUCUGCGUACGGAGCAGGCACGCCAGGAGCUGAUCAAUCAGGUCAGAGAGUCAGCAGCCAAAACCCUGGAGAGCAUCCGCGGGCGCCAGGUGUCACAGCGUCUGGCUGAAGAGGCCAAGAAGAGGGAGCGUUUCGAGGAACUGAAACAGCACCUGGAGCAGGAGCAAGAGUGGCGAAGUGCAGCCAAGAAGAAGCAGGAGGAAGAUGACUUCAGCUUUGCCAGAGAGCUGAGGGACAGAGAGAAGAGACUGCAGGCCCUGGAGGAGCAGCUGGAGCAGAGAGCCAGGAAGGAGCUCAUUGCUCAGUACAGCCGUCUGUCAGAGGAAGCAGCCCGCAGAGAGAGACUGGCCAUGUGGAGGGUGCAGCGAAUAAGACUUGACGAAGCCCGUGCUCAGUUCUUCAUCCAUGACAGGCAGCAAACUCAGGCAAUACUAGAGAAAUAUCCCUUAGGUCAGGUGAGACCUCCUGUGGAGGUGUUGCCGACCUCACUAACCCAGUUUUUUUAUGCUCUCCUAAAUCCUUUACACAUUCUUACUAUUAAUAUCUUCUCUUAACAGGAAUGUCCCACUCAGGAGCCAUCUGAGCAACAGCCAGCUGAGACCCAAGGAUCUGCUGCUUCAUCAUCACCACCACCACCUGACCUAUCUUCAUCCACCCUCACCCCCCUUACAGCAGACCCUGCCCUCAUUUCUGAUGAAAUUGAUAUCAAUGACUUUUUACCUAAAUCACCAAAUCCUGACAGUCAGCAAGUGGAUAUGGCAUUGGAAGAAAUUGGGUCUGACCUAACUGAAGUGUGCCAUACAGCACAACUAGUUGACUAUGACUUCAGUGCCCCCUUUAGUCCACUUGAGGGUAUCACUGGCCAAGCCUCGGUUCAGCCACGGCCGCGCUGGGGAACUGCAGUUGACUUGAGCCAAAACCACCCCUCUUUCUCUCACAUCCCCAUAGGAGAGAAUAUGUCUCAAAUGCAGGAGAAUGUGCCCAAAGCCAGCCCUUUUGGUCAAGUUUCCAAAUCCAGCUUUCCUCUAGGACAGUAUACCCCUGACGAGGAGCUCCAAAAUACAUCUAAAGCCAGUGUUUACAGUCAUCUGUCCCAAGCCUCAGAACAGCUAGUAGAUGGAAAUGGUUCAACCACAAAUGACAAGCAAGAGGAAGUUGCACCUAUGGCAGAAAGGGGGAUUUUGGAAAGUAAAGUAGAGGUAAAAGAAGAUGAAUCUACAAAGGAAGAUGGUGUGGUUGCUACUGCCCCCUCCACUACAGCAGGGCAAGACCUGGAUAAUGGUGACCACAAAGAAGUGACAAGUGUUUCUGACUGUGGUGGGGUGAAGUCGCUUGAGACAAACACUGAUGGUCAUGUCUCCAGUGCUCACCUAAAAGUUGGAGAGAUGGUUUCAGAUGUUGUUGCCCCUCAGCCACUACUCAGUGUCCAUGGUCACUCCUCUGAUGCUCACAUAAAGGUUGGACAGUUUGUAUCAGAGGUGACUGCUCUUCUUCCAUCUCCUAAUGUCCAUGGUCACGCCUCAGAUUCCCACAUCAAAAUCGGAGAGCAUGUUUCAGAAGUCUGUGCUCCUCUACCUUCCUCCAGUGUUCACCGUCACUCAUCUGACGCUCACAUUAAAGUUGGGGAAAAUGUUUCAGAAGUUGUCGCUCCUCUUCCUACUCCAAACAUCCAUGGUCAUGCCUCAGAUGCCCACAUCAAAGUUGGGGAGCUUGUUUCAGAUGUAGUUGCCCCUCUGCUGUCCCCUAAUGUUCAUGGUCACAGUUCAGAUGCUCAUAUCAAAGUUGGGGAAAAUGUUUCAGAAGUUGUUGCACCACUCCCUACUCCAAGUAUCCAUGGUCACUCCUCUGAUGCAAAUAUAAAAGUGGGUGAGUUUGUGUCCAACAUAUCUGAAGCAAGACCUCGUUGGAGUAAGCAUGGGCACGCCUCAGACUGCACGCUUCAGCCAGGUUGUGUGGUAUCUGGAGCUGAACCAGCCUUGUCCCCUUUGCCUGGAAGCUCUUAUGGUCACUCCUCAGACUCAACAUUAGGUACUGGAUGUGUAGUUUCAGGAAAUGAACCCAAACCUUCUCCUCUACCUGGCAGUGAACACGGUCAUUCCUCAGACUCUAAUUUAGGCACUGGAUGUGUUGUGUCCAAAAGUGAACCGCUUCCAUCACCACUACCAGGCAGCGCCUAUGGCCAUUCUUCUGAUUCAGCGUUGGGUGUAGGUUGUGUGGUGUUGGGGACAGAGCCACAACCCUCUGCACUACCAGGCAGUGUUUAUGGCCAUUCAUCAGAUUCUUCACUUGCAGUUGGAUGUGUAGUGAAGAGCAAAGGAAGUGGAUAUCAGCAGAAAACAGAGGACCAGGAAGAUAGUAAAGGAUCUAAGUCAGAGAGCCCUGGUGAGCAGCUGGCUGAGGGCAUGGGGUCUUGGGCAGCUAGCUUUGGUUUGUCCCCUGGAGAGAAGUCUGAGCAGGAAUACCUCUUGGCUUUGUCCACUCAGUACCAGGUGGAACACUACGAAGAUUGCUACAACCUAAUGGCUUCAUCCCCCGAGUGUCAGCUGCUGAAGCAGGUAACUCGAGGCCCCUGGGGCCUUCCUAUGGACCCCACACUUCGCAGAGCGACAGACACAACCGCAGUCCAACUCAGUGAGAUGGUUUCCCUGCCAGUUCUGAUAAAACACUCUGUCACUACCCCGCUCAUCACACAUGUGUCUUUGGUGAACAAGGCAGUGGUGGACUACUUCUUUGUGGAGCUUGGAGUGGAAAGACACUUUGAGGCUCUGCGCCACUUCCUGCUGAUGGAGGAUGGCGAGUUUGCACAGUCCCUCAGUGAUCUGCUCUUUGAAAAGAUGGGCAGUGGGCAGACUCCCGGUGAGCUACUGACCCCCUUGGUCCUGAACUCCAUUCUCAGUAAGGCCCUGCAGUAUAGCUUACACGGGGACACCCCCUUGGCUGGCAACUUCACCUUCGCCCUCCGCUUCCUCCCAGAGACCUUUCACCCACAUGCCCCCGACUCUCUCAACUGUCUGGAGCUACGCUACAAGGUGGACUGGCCGUUGAACAUCAUCAUCACGGACAGCUGCAUGAACAAGUACAACCGUCUGUUCUCGUUCCUGCUACAGCUCAAACACAUGGUGUGGAGCCUUCGCGACGUCUGGUUCCACCUCAAGAGAACAGCACUGGUCAAAGGAGCGGGUCGCUCGGUGCAGUUUCGUCAGCUGCAGCUAUACAGACAUGAGAUGCAGCAUUUUGUCAAGGUGAUCCAGGGGUACAUCGCCAACCAGAUCUUGCAAGUGUCCUGGAGCGAAUUCACAGCCAAAUUGGCCACUGCCAGCGACCUGGAUGCCAUCCACCGCACACAUGCAGACUACCUCAACAGAGCCAUCUUCAGGGGUUUGCUGACAGAGAAAGCAGCUCCAGUCAUGAACAUCAUCCACAGCAUCUUCAGCCUGAUCCUCAAGUUUCGGGCCCAGCUGAUAGCACAGCCCUGGGGCAGCCAGCAGGGGGAGGCAGUGCACCCCAGCUUCAUUGCUAUGCAGCAGUCAUACAACACCUUCAAGUAUUACUCUCACUUCCUUUUCAAAGUGGUGACCAAGCUGGUUAAUCGAGGCUACCAACCUCAUCUAGAGGAUUUCCUCCUUCGCAUCAACUUCAACAACUACUACAAAGACUCCUGAGCUGUGUGCUGGUGUGUGUAAGUUGUACAUCAGCUUUAAUGUCACAAUUUCACAUAAGAUAUGCUACUUGUUAAAUACUUGCCCAAUGAACCAUUGUGUACUAUGAGUGUUUACAUUUUUAGAAUCCCUUCUAAGAGAAAAUACAGAUACUCUGAGGUAUAUGAUAAAUUAUGCUUUCCUGGCCUUCGUUGCGCUAAAUACAUUUAUAAGGCAUGACUUUUACAUUGAAUCCACAUUAGGCAAUCAACCUACACAAUGUACGGAUUUGAGCCACAUGCCUGUGUGUUUGAUUAAUUAGACUGCUUCUAAAAUCUGUAUGCUGCCAAAAUUUGCAAUUGAGAUGAAGCUAUUGCCUACUGUAAUAUCUCCCAUGCUCAGGUGUGCCUCCAGCUGUGUAGAUUUUGAGUGGAUAUAAAUUAAAUGUCAAUUAUCUGUAAAUAUUAGAGGAAAAUGCUUUGUUUAAUAAAUGCUCUAUUCUCUGGCCUUAA